CAUUUUCUGCUCUUUGUGUGGAGCGGAUUAGCACAGGGCUGGUACCGAGCGAAACUAGAGCAUCAGUCGGUACGGAACACCCAGAAAACACCCAGGAACCACCGGAGAGCUGUCGCAGGACCGCGACACCGGCCACCCGUCUGCUUGUCGCCGGACUCCGCGGGACAUGCGAUUUUCGGACCUGUUGUUUGAGUGAGUUCUUGUUACCAUGACGACCCACGUGACCUUGGAGGAUGCUCUGUCCAACGUGGACCUGCUGGAGGAGCUGCCCCUGCCCGACCAGCAACCAUGCAUCGAACCUCCCCCCUCUUCGAUCAUGUACCAGGCAAACUUUGACACCAACUUUGAGGACAGAAAUGCUUUUGUGACCGGCAUCGCCCGCUACAUAGAGCAGGCCACAGUCCACUCCAGCAUGAAUGAAAUGCUGGAGGAAGGACACGAGUAUGCUGUGAUGCUUUACACAUGGAGGAGCUGCUCCAGAGCCAUUCCACAGGUGAAAUGCAACGAGCAGCCCAACAGGGUGGAGAUCUAUGAGAAGACAGUGGAGGUGCUGGAGCCUGAAGUGACCAAGCUCAUGAAGUUCAUGUACUUCCAGCGUAAGGCCAUAGAACGUUUCUGCAGUGAGGUGAAGCGUCUGUGCCACGCUGAGAGGAGGAAAGAUUUUGUGUCCGAGGCCUACCUGCUCACGCUCGGCAAAUUCAUCAACAUGUUUGCCGUUCUGGACGAGCUGAAGAACAUGAAGUGUAGCGUGAAGAACGACCACUCUGCUUACAAAAGAGCAGCUCAGUUCCUGAGGAAGAUGGCCGACCCUCAGUCAAUCCAGGAGUCCCAAAACCUCUCCAUGUUCCUAGCCAACCACAACAGGAUUACUCAGUGCCUGCACCAACAGCUGGAGGUGAUUCCGGGCUACGAGGAGCUUUUGGCAGACAUCGUCAACAUCUGUGUAGACUAUUAUGAGAACAAAAUGUAUCUGACGCCCAGUGAGAAACACAUGCUGCUUAAGGUUAUGGGCUUUGGAUUGUACCUGAUGGAUGGGAAUGUGAGUAAUAUCUACAAACUGGACGCCAAGAAGCGGAUCAACCUGAGCAAGAUUGACAAAUUCUUUAAACUGCAGGUUGUGCCUUUAUUUGGAGACAUGCAGAUCGAGUUAUCUCGCUAUAUUGAAACAAGUGCUCACUACGAAGAAAACAAGUCUAGGUGGACGUGCACCCAGAGCAGCAUCUCGCCACAGUACAACCUGUGCGAGCAGAUGGUGCAGAUCAGGGACGACCACAUCCGCUUCAUCUCGGAACUGGCGCGCUACAGCAACAACGAGGUGGUGACAGGCUCGGGCCUGGACAGCCAGAAGUCCGACGAUGAGUACCGGGAGCUGUUCGACCUGUCUCUGAGGGGUCUGCAGCUGCUGUCCAAGUGGAGCACACACGUCAUGGAAGUUUACUCUUGGAAGCUGGUUCAUCCCACGGAUAAAUUCUGCAACAAAGACUGCCCAGGAACGGCGGAGGAGUAUGAGCGCGCCACGCGCUACAACUACACCAGCGAGGAGAAGUUUGCUCUGGUGGAGGUCAUCGCCAUGAUCAAAGGGCUGCAGGUCCUGAUGGGUCGGAUGGAGUCGGUGUUUAACCAGGCCAUAAGGAACACAAUCUAUGCAGCUCUGCAGGACUUUGCCCAGGUGACCCUCAGAGAGCCUCUACGCCAGGCUGUACGCAAGAAGAAGAAUGUCCUCAUUAGUGUUCUUCAGGCCAUUCGGAAGACUGUCUGUGAUUGGGAAGGCGGAAGAGAGCCUCCAAAUGACCCCUGCCUGAGGGGGGAGAAGGACCCGAAGGGCGGCUUUGACAUUAAGGUGCCUCGACGAGCCGUGGGACCCUCCAGCACACAGCUGUACAUGGUACGCACCAUGCUGGAGUCACUGAUCGCAGAUAAAAGUGGAUCUAAGAAGACUCUCCGCAGCAGCCUUGAUGGACCCAUCGUGGUAGCCAUAGAAGACUUCCAUAAGCAAUCCUUCUUCUUCACACACUUGCUCAACUUCAGUGAGGCCCUGCAGCAGUGCUGUGACCUGUCCCAGCUGUGGUUUAGAGAGUUCUUCCUGGAGCUAACCAUGGGUCGCAGAAUCCAGUUCCCCAUUGAGAUGUCCAUGCCCUGGAUCUUGACCGACCACAUCCUGGAGACCAAAGAGCCUUCCAUGAUGGAAUACGUCCUGUACCCUCUAGACUUGUAUAACGACAGCGGCUAUUACGCCCUCACCAAGUUCAAAAAACAGUUUCUGUAUGAUGAAAUUGAAGCCGAGGUAAACCUCUGCUUUGAUCAGUUUGUUUACAAGUUGGCAGAUCAGAUUUUUGCCUACUACAAAGCAAUGGCUGGAAGCGUCCUGCUAGACAAGCGCUUCAGAGCAGAGUGUAAAAACUACGGCGUCAUCAUCCCGUAUCCUCCUUCGAACCGUUAUGAGACGCUGCUCAAACAGAGACACGUACAGCUACUGGGUCGAUCGAUUGACCUGAACCGUCUGAUCACUCAGAGGAUCUCUGCAGCGAUGUACAAGUCUCUGGACCACGCCAUCAGUCGCUUUGAGAGUGAGGAUCUCACCUCCAUUGUGGAGUUGGAGUGGCUGCUGGAAAUCAACAGACUAACCCACCGACUCCUGUCCAAACACCUGACUCUGGACAGCUUUGACGCCAUGUUCCGCGAGGCCAACCACAACGUCUCCGCUCCCUACGGACGAAUCACGCUGCACGUUUUCUGGGAGCUCAACUUUGACUUCCUCCCAAACUACUGCUACAACGGAUCCACCAACCGCUUUGUACGCACAGCUAUUCCCUUCACCCAGGAGCCUCAAAGAGAUAAGCCAGCCAACGUGCAGCCUUACUACCUGUAUGGGUCCAAGCCUCUGAACAUCGCCUACUCUCACAUAUACAGCUCCUACAGAAACUUUGUUGGCCCGCCUCACUUCAAGACCAUCUGCCGCCUCCUCGGUUACCAAGGCAUCGCUGUGGUGAUGGAGGAGCUGCUUAAGAUUGUCAAGAGUCUGCUGCAGGGCACCAUACUGCAGUAUGUAAAAACUCUGAUAGAAGUGAUGCCCAAGAUCUGCCGUUUACCGCGCCACGAGUACGGCUCCCCAGGAAUCUUGGAGUUCUUCCAUCACCAGCUCAAGGAUAUCAUUGAGUAUGCUGAGCUGAAGACAGAUGUCUUCCAGAGUUUAAGGGAGGUGGGGAAUGCCAUCCUCUUCUGCCUGCUCAUCGAGCAAGCUCUGGUGGUAAGAACUCGGGUCUUGUUGGUAACAAAACAACACAGAGACCAGAUUUCUUGUUUUAUCUUGUAUUCGGCUGCCGAGUUUCUGAUGUUUUUGUGUUUCUGCUACACACUUUUUCACCUCCCAUCAGCCAUGGAAGCAAAGGGACUCGGAUAGACUAUUUUAUGGCUUUAUUAAUAUAUGAUAGCUGUGAUGUAUGAGAAGCAUGUGCAAGUUCCUAAUAAUUGGGUGUCGACAGCCAAAGUUUGCUUUUAGAAAAUGUCAUAGAAGUUCACGAAAGCCUUUUAGGAUAACGCAUGAUGAACAAUGCUCAAUAUACUCAGAUUAGGGUUGUGACUUGUCCAAAAUCUCAUGUCCUUCAAAAUAAUGUCUACCCACUAACAGUAUCACAAUAUAGCAAAGUGUCUGUAAAUUCAGUUUUAAUUUGAAAGAGUUAGGUAAAAGUGAGGCUAAUGAUAGCUCACUUUCUCAGGUCGUCAAGGUUAGUCCUGGUUCCAGUCAUUUGUGCGCAAACAAAAUUUAAAGAAAAUGCGUUUCUUCCAAGUCACAGAUGCUGUUUAAAGUUUAUUCUAUUAAAACUUUUAUGUUUACUUGAAUGUUUUGGUUGCUGGAAUGCAGACCUCUUCUCCUCAGCUCUUUGGAGCAUGCUGCCUAUAGGGAGCCUAAGUUACUUCUGCAUCAUGGGUCUCCGGAAGAACGACAAAAUUAAUCGAAGUCAACGGGGCUAAAAUCUUUAUUUUCUAAUCCGCUUUGCCUUAAGCCCUGGAUCGCACAUAUGUUGUACUGCUAUUUAAAUGAAAAGUAAUGAUGGGUGUUUCGACCAUGCCAGUCACGUACUUUGAGAUUUAUCAGCUUGUAAAAGUUCGUAAUUAGCAUGACUACACACCAGAAAUCGGCACGUCGCAUAUGUGACAUCACCACAUAAUCUCCUCUCCCCUAGCGUAGCUGCUACUUACCACAUGACCAGAUUUAUGGUGGUUCUUUCCUCCUGUGGGAAGUUUGCUGAACUUUCAGCCAUUUUCCCUCAGCUUUCUCCGUGUCUGGUUCAAUGACGUCUCUUUUUUGUGAAGCGCAUUUGUAGUCUUGGACUUACUUUCACACAAAACCUAAAAUAUCGUCCCCCCCCACCCCUUCGAAAAUAAGCACGUCUUGGUAUCAAAAUAUGUCUUUAAAAAUCACGGACAUCAUAUGUGAAAUCCUAUUCGUUCUUCCGGGGACCCAUGAUGCGGGAGUGACUAAAGCUUGAUUUAUGCUUGACGCAUUCACUUUCCGCUUGGUGAUGCAGCUCGCGGAUGGAACGCGCUUCACAACUUGCAGCGUUUAUGGUUCAUGCGGCUUGUCUCUGCAGUGAGAGCCAACUCAGCUGUUUUAGAAUUGGUGAAGUGUUCUUGUUUCCACCAGGAUCACCGCUUUUCCCUUUGUUCCCCUUCCUUGCCUUCACAUAUCGCCCCCUCAUGUUUUUCCAGCAUUUUUAGCAGCGCCCUCGUCUUUUCCGACAGUGCGAGCUAUUUCUCUCCAAGAAUUAUUAACAACAUGUUGAUCACGGUGAUCUUUGAGAGCUGAAUCAUACAAAUGUCAGGAGACGACGAUCAGGGACACGUGGCUCUGCUGGCGUCACUGUUUGAUGCCUGCGGUCACACGGACAUUAUUCGACUAUUUAACCUUCCCCAGUAACUGUGACCUUAAGGUUAGGAUUGGGGUGAGGGGAAGGUUAAGUAGUUCAUAAGUCGUUCUAAUGUCUGUCUCACCACCGGCGUCGGAUACUGACGCUCUGGGAUGAUGCGUCAUCAGCGUGUCCAUGAUCGUCGACUCCUGACACGCUGGGGCAUCCCGAAUCGUCAUAUAUUGAGGCUUGGUCACACGUGUCAUAUAUUGACGCUUUGGGUGUGAGAAUGUGUUGGACUGAAAGUAAGAAUGCUCAGGCCAAUGGUAGACUUUCUGAGACAACAAUGGAGCGUGGAUAGACCAACCAGCAGUGUCAAAUCUUUUGCUACUGCAGGGGUGUUUGAACUUUGUAAGACAAGAGCUGAAAUUGUCAAGUUAAUAGUCCUUGCAGCCACAAAGUUUCAUUUUUUAUACAAAAAAUGUUUAAUAGGAUUGAUUUAUUUAUUGUCAAAAUAGGUAUAAAAGUAAAAAUGUGAAAGUAUCUAUCUACACCAAGAAGCUGCUGGAGAGACAAAAUUCAUCAUUCUAGAAGUACAAGAGAGGGCCGCACAAAAUCACCCCAAGAGCCACAAAUGGGCCCCGUGCCGCAUUUUGGAAGUACCUUUGGCAGUGCUGUGGUUUGUUUAGAUUUCUAAGCUGAAAAAACAUGCAGGUUGUGUAAAAAAAUCCAGAUUAGUUCGAUUCUGCCACCCAUCAUUUAGGAACAAGCUUUCUCUUGGCCCUUCAGUUCGGAGCGCCUCCACAAGCUGCAGACUCCAUGCCUGCAUCCACAUUGUUCAGUGGUGACUUCCAGUGAAAGAAUAAUAGCUUAAACAGAGUAAUUUGCAGUAUAAAUGUUUUAAAAUUUAUUCAUCUGAUGUGUUUUAGAGCAUCAAACAGCCCAAAACAACGUCAGGUUGCUUUACUUAUAAUGUCCUUAUCUUCCAUGGGGGAGGUCAUUUUAUUUCCUAGUUAGUUUUGUGCUCAACUUUCUGAUUUCGCCUGUUUUUUUAAGUUUGCCUGGAAUGCCUGAGUACAUGACGCUCGUAUCCUGUACUUUCAUCAUUCCUGUGUGACUGCACUGACUCUGUGUCUGUCGUCGCUGCAUGAUUCUCUCGUCUCGGUCGAGGCUUCAAGAUGCCGCCUUUCCACAUUCAGUCACUAACAAUCACCAUGGCAACCGCUUUGCCUCGUUGCAUUCACUCUAAAUUCACGCUGCCUCAUUGCACACGGUGUUUUCAGCUCUCUGAGCUGAUUGUAAACUGGAUUGCUUGCUCCCAACACGAAUUUUAUGUAAUGUUUUUGUGAAUCCUGCCGACGUCCGCCUGUCGCCGAGGCGGUUCGGCAAACUCAAAGGAACCUCGAGGCUGCCUGCCUGCAUGCUCUUAGAUGGUUUCAGUGAAGCGAAGUCAGUUUGGUUCCUACUAAAAAUGAUCCUUGUGCUUGAAUCAUAGUCCCAGGAGGAAGUGUGUGACCUGCUUCAUGCUGCCCCCUUCCAGAACAUCCUACCCAGAGUCUACAUCA